AGCUGCAUCCAAUCCCUAAGGGAAAAGACCAAAACAAAGAAACAAGGAGAAGACAGUAACAACCUGCAGUCAUUCCAUCAAAAGCAGGCAGAGGAAGUCUGGGAGGGCUGCAUUUUGCACUCCCCACAGACUACGCAGCCUGUAAAAAGCGUACAAAAAAUACAUCAUGUGCAAAAACAAGAGCCUGGAAGUUGCCAAGGAGAAGCUGCCCAGUCUGUGAAGAGGAGUGUCCUUGAUUUUGACUGA